AUGGCUAUAGAUUUAGACUCCCAAUCUUAUUCCGACUAUUGCAAUCCAGAAAAUGAAAUUUCAAAGGUCUUAUUAAUCGGUGCAGGAGGUGUUGGUGCUGUUGUUGCUUAUUCGUUAGACUACAAUCAGAAAUGCAGUGUAUCACUUGUUGUGAGAAGAGAUUAUCCUGUGGUUAGCAAAGAGGGUUAUCAAUUUGAUUCAAUUGAUUAUGGGAAGAUUUCAAAUUGGAAACCUAGAGAUGGGUCUAUUUUUGCUAAUAUAUCGGAUGCAAUUAAAGAUAAACCAUAUGAUUACAUUUUAAUUUCAACUAAAAACUUGCCAGAUAUAACCAAGUUUGAAAAUAUUAUCGAACCUUUAGUGAUUGAAAAAAAAACCACGAUAAUUUUGUUUCAAAAUGGGUUUGGUAAUGAAGUUCCAUUUUUUGAAAAGUACCCAAAUAAUAUUAUUUUAAGUGGCGUCACAUUGAUUGGUUCUCAUAACGAUAAUGGGAAAAUCCAUCAAAUUCAAAAGGAUAGAACAUAUGUGAGUUAUUUUAAUAACAAACACAUUUCUACAAAGAUUCAAGAAAAGAAAACUUUGGAUUUCAUCUCAAUCUAUCAAAAUUCUACCAAUCAAAUUAUCUAUCAGCCAGAUGCUCAAUAUCAUAGAUAUAGAAAAUUGGUGUACAAUGCCACUUUAAACACUACGUGUGCUAUCACUGGUGUUGAUGUUGGAAGAAUUGAUGCAUUUGGUGGAUUGCAAACCAUAAUUGUACCUGCAAUGAAAGAGAUUAUUUCAAUCGCAAAGGCUGACGGUGUAAAUUUACCUGACGAAAUUAUAACCGAUUUGAUUCAUUCAGAUGAUGGUGAUUAUUUUGAACCUUCGAUGUUGAUUGAUGUUAAAAAGGGAAAUCCAAUGGAAUUGGAAGUUAUUCUUGGAAAUGUGCUAAAAAAGGCUAAGCUUUUCAAUAUUGAUUGUCCCAAAUUAUCAAUGCUUUAUAGUUUAUUGUCAAUUAUUCAAUUUAGAUUAAAAGAGAAGAAAGGUUUAAUUCCAGCAUUGCCAAAAGAUAGACCAAUCAAUCCAGAUACAGUUUAUCAUUUAUAA